AUGUGUGGAAUCUCCGCCUUCAUCAGUGUCCAUGGACCUGAAGGCCUCCCACGACACGACACGAAAGCCAGCCUAGAAACAGAGCUCAAUGAGAGUCUGGAUAGCAUUAAGCACCGAGGACCCGACGCACGCGGUGUGUGGGUGAGUCCGGACAACAAGGCGGCCCUCGGCCACGUCCGCCUCUCCAUCGUCGACCUCAGCCCAGACGGAAACCAACCCUUCAUCGACGCGGAUUCCGGCAUCGUCGCCGUCGUCAACGGCGAGCUCUACGGCCACGAGGCCUACCACGCCCAGCUAGCCAACGAGUACAAAUUCCAAGGCAACAGCGACUGUGAGAUUGUGAUCGCCCUGUACAAGCAUUAUGGACGGGCAUUCCUGUCGCAUCUGCGUGGGGAGUUUGCCUUUGUGCUGUGGGAUCCGAAGAGGCAGCUUCUUUUUGCGGCGAGGGAUCGGUAUGGGAUCAAGCCGCUUUAUUACACUUUCCUCGAAGGUGGGAAGAGGUUGGCUGUUGCGACGGAGAUGAAGGCUUUUUUGGCGUUGGGUUGGAAGCCUGAGUGGGAUCUUGAUGCGCUCAGGGGGCAUGCGUGGAAGUUUGGGGAGGCAACUUUUUUUAAGGGAGUUAGGAAGGUUCUUCCUGGUCAUUACCUGACUUGUCGCGAAAAUGGGGAUGUCAGGCAGAAUAUCUACUGGGAUAGUGAUUUCCCAGACAAGAAAACUAUCGAAUCGCGCACCGAGGCCGAAAUGAUUGAGGGAGUUAGGAAACAUCUCCUCGACGCGAUCCGAACUAGACUGCGAGCGGACGUUCCAGUCGGCGUAUAUCUGAGUGGUGGUCUUGAUUCCUCCACUGUUGCUGGAAUGGUUGCCCAUCUUAUUAAAGAGGAGGGCGCGAAGCUCGGAAACGAGAGCAUUAGCGAUCUGUCACGGUUGAAGUGUUUCACGGUGGAAUUUGACAAGGACAGCGGGGUCGAUGAGUCCGGUGAGGCUGUCUUGAAAAUCGCAAAGCGCACUGCGGACUGGCUCGGCGUCGAGUUUCACUCCGUGCACAUGGACGAGGCCAACCUGGCGUCGCGAUUUGAAGACGCCGUCUGGUACAGCGAGUUCCCAUUCCCGGACUUGAACGGACUUGGGAAGCUAGCCCUAGCUGAGAAGGUCCAUUCGCUGGGCAUGAAGGUGAUCCUGAGUGGCGAAGGCUCCGACGAGCACUUUGGCGGCUACGCCGACUUCCGUCCCGACGCUAUCCAAGAGCCCGACUAUUCCUGGCCAGCCUCACACAUCCCUGACUCGCAACGCGAAUCCGCCUGGCGAGCCGCACGGUCCAAAACCGGCGCCCUCGUCUUCGGCAACUCGCCCUACACCGUCCCCGAAUCCACACCCCGCAUGGUCAACCACACGCACACAAUGACCGAAAUCGCCGGCUGCGGGAACCUCCCCUUCCUUCCCUGGACAGACCCAUACUUGCACGCCGGCGGGGACCCGGAGACCCGACUGGCCGAGGACAUGGACGGCCGUGCGCUUGAAGCCAUGGCGAAGAAAUGGCACCCGCUCCACACGUCCCAGUACAUUUGGCUCAAGUCGUAUCUUCCGAAUUUCAUUCUGCGUUGGGGAGGCGAUAACAUGGACAUGGCGCAUAGCGUUGAGAGUCGUCCUCCCUUCCUGGAUCACCAUCUCACCGAGUAUGUCAAUUCCCUGCCGCCUAGCCUGAAGAUGAAGUAUGACCCCUCCUCGCCUGGUGCGGAUGAGUAUGGUGCGUUCAAGGAGAAGUAUAUUCUGCGGCAGGCGGCGCAGCCAUUUAUUACAGAGGAGAUCUUUACCCGGCGGAAGGUCUCGUAUCUUGGGCCGACGCUGCAUAAGCUGAAUGGGCCGAUUCACCAGCUGUAUUCUCGGCUGCUCACGAGGGAGAAUGUGGAGCGGUUGGGAUUCGUGGAUUGGGAUCGCACUGAAGGGUUCCUGGCUCGAACAUUUAAGGAUGGAGACCGCGCUGCAUUCCGGGUUGCAACCCUCAUCGCACAGUUUGUUGUUCUGAGCCAGCGGUUCGGAGUUGUUCCUGCUGGUCCACUUCCCAAUUGA